GAUUUAAUCAUAACCGACCUCGACCUUGAGUCAUUCAACCACCUUUAGGGACAUUCACUGCAAUUGGCUCGGUACUUCGGCUCUGUUCCUCGUUUGAUGCCUUCAAACGGAUUUUUUUCCGGAAAAUUUCUUUCAGUUCCUUCUCUUCCAGACUCCAUGACUGUGGUCACUCAUUUAAAUUGCUAACCACAACAGCGGUUUUCCUAAAAUAAUGCCAUAUUCUUCAGAAUAUGAUAUUCAGUGGCCUCCUAAUAGGUCUGACGUUUUCGUCGUUGUUUGGAAACACUAUGUUUACUUGUUCCGACUGGAACAAGCAUCAUCUGCAUCAGUGGAUUCAAACAGUUUUAUUAUUGGUUCAAAGCUCAGAUUUCUGCUUUCCGCUCUGAAUAUUUGGAGUAACAAUGUAUCCCCACAAUGUGUAGCUUGGGUAUCCAGUAGCAAUAAACCAAACCUCGACGUAGUCCCAAAUCAUCUGAUUGCAAUCACCCAUAACGUUGGGUGUGUCAAACUCAUGGGGCUCCCUAAUUGUAAUAUCGAGGAAGACAGAUUCGGUUUACAAAAUAAAGAACUAACACCUAGAUUUUCCAGAAACACUACUUUUCUUGUUUGGAAUCCUUGGAAACGUAACUUGCUAGCCCAGGGUUUUGACAGACCUCGAAACAGCAGAGAACCUUCUGUACUGAUAUGGGAUGUGACAAAAUACACUGGGUCGCGGCAUCCCAACGUGAAGUCUACAGAUCGAGGUUCAGUUUGUGCAAAUGACCUCCAUACGCAUACAUAUUCACUCCCAUUUGCAAUAAAUGGGUCAGACUAUAGUGUACCAGAUACUCAAGCUACGUCAUCACUUGUUUCCGUAUAUUCCUCAGUUUCGGAAAAAGAAUGGAUAUCUAAUACAACUACAUGUGAUAAACCUUUGUGUGAUUUAGGUAUUCAAGAUACUGCAUCAUUUGCGUGGCUUUCUAAAAGUUCAUUUAUUGCUGGCAUGUCAGGAACCUACCUGAAAGUGUUUGACUUAUCUGAUCCGUCAAAAGUUUGCCAAAUUACUACAACUAGGGCAGUCUAUGGUUUGACAGUUGAUCCCUUAUGCAGUAAACGUUUCGCUUCAUUCUGUGAGCGUCAGGUUUCAUUAUGGAGAUUGGAUAAUUUAGAAAAGCCUGUUUAUACAUUUAUGGAGUCCGGUGAUGUUCUACAAAUCAAGUGGAGUCCUUUAAGAGAAGCUUGGCUAGGAGUUCUGGUAACAGAUUCUUGUACAGUUAAAUUGUACGACACAUACCCUAUGUUUUGUCAGUCUAUAGAAGAACCUGAACAGAUUCCGUUAGAAAGAUUACUAUUUCCGUCCAGUCGAUCAAAUGUUAACCUGGUGGCAUUCAGUUGGCAUCCAUCAAAUGUAAACUGUCUACUAACUUUGAAUCGUGAUGGCUGUUUAAAUGUAGCUCAACUUGUUGAACGUCCAGCCAUUGGAUGGUCAGCUAAUCAAACGUUAGUAUGGUCAUAUACUCGUGAUUGGACUGCAUUCAAUUUAACAGGAAUUGUUAGCAGUAAUCUACAAACACUAAUGGAAUUUUUACAUGCAGUUAAUGAAAAUAAACGAUCAGAGAAUUCUGUUAAUAAUGGUAAUACUACAUAUAGUCUCUCAAAUGCACAAUAUCUUGCAAAUUGUCAGAAUAUUAAAAACAAAGAUUAUCAUGAUGAUAAUAUUAAUGGUAAUAAGUAUUGCCAUGAAAAACAAACAGCACUUCUUGUUCACUUGAAGCGUUGCAUGGAGUUGGAUAUUGCAGUCGUUAUGCGAAAACGUGCUGAACUAGGCUAUGGACUCGAUAUUACGGGUGCCACUUAUGUUGAGAUUGUCAAAGACGAUGUACAACUUCGAACAAUGUGGACAUGGAUAAAAUACAUUAAUGAUUACAUGGACGAUCCAUUGAUUCGACGGCAUUUGGAUGUGGAUUCAUCACAGUCAAACUAUACAUCAAAUCAGAGAAAUGGUAGUGAUAACAUUCCUUCGAAACGUCGUGUACCUUUCAGAGGUUCAGGUGUGAUUUCACUUUUAUGCGACAAUUUGUCAUCAUCUGGUACUAAAUUAACAAGUGAAGUUUUAAUGCAUGUUGAAUGGCAAGGAAUAGAUGUGAAAUUACCAUUUUCGCGAUAUCGGAGUCCCGAACGAUCACGUGUUUUACGUUUUUGUAUGUGGCCACUUGAUGAUACAGACGUUGUUCAGCGUCCUGUAUUCGAAAGUUUAUGCUCUGAAGGACAAUAUGAACGAGCAGCUGCAAUGGCUUUAAUUAAUUUGAAAUUUGAUUGGGCGUUAAGUUUUCUAAAUCGAGCUUCAUCAGAUGCCGAUAUCGAUCUAGUCGCAUUGGCUUUAGCAGGUUACACAGAUACAAGAAAUGAAUUAUGGCGAACAACAUGUGCCAACUUAAUAAAACACUUGCAAAACCCUUACUUACGUGUUAUGUUUGUAUUCUUAAGUCGACAAGGUGGUGAUUUUCAAUCAAUAUUGAAUGACGAUGCCCUAUGUCUUAUUGACCGAGUCGCAUGUGCCUGUUUAUAUCUAAACGAUGAUGAUCUUCUUGUCUUCUUACGUUCAACUUGUAAUUCUAUGGUUCAACGUGGACAGUUAGAAUCGAUUCUACUAACUGGUCUCUGUUCAAAUGAUUUUAUUAACCUAAUACAAAACUAUGUUGAUACAACUGGUGAUGUUCAAUCGGCUGCAAUUGUUGGUUUACACGCUUGUCAGUUAUCAUUAAAUGAUAACUAUUCAGUGGUAAACAACGAAAAACGAACUGAUAUGAACGAUAAUAAUAAUGUGAAUAAUUCACGUCAUGUACAAAUUGUGUUAAAUGGUAUACGGUCAUCAAAUGUUGAUAAGAAAUUGUCCAUACCUUUAGGAGGAGGAUAUGUAGGCCGUGGUUAUUCGUCUGGGGCGGGUACUAGUGAUCAACAACCUAUGAUUAUUAAACUUGGUGGGCUUAAAAUAGCUAAUUGGGUUCAAUGCUACCGUGACCUAUUAGAUCAGUGGCAAAUGUGGUUCUAUCGAGCUGACUUUGAUAUCACAUAUAAAUCACGUCUUUUAUCCGAUUAUUUAUAUCCCAGCACUCCUCGAACUCAAAUGUCUAGUUCAUUGUUGAUAUCAUCAAAGAGUGUUGAAGCGGAUACGCCCACUACUAGUACUGUUUCUGGUACUGGUAGUAGUACUACUACCAAUAGUAUUGUUACUACUGUUUCUACAAACAACACUAAUUCUUCAUCAUAUAGUAGUAAAGUUCGAAAUUUUGGAUUUAUCGCUGGUGCUAAUCAAGUAUUUGUUGCUUGCGGUUUCUGUGGUUGGCGUUUAGAACCUCAAAGUAACAAAUUGAACGUGUUCAAUAUUGGUGGUGCUGGCGGUGGUGGUAGUAAUACUAGUAAUACCAUGAACAGUUCAUCCAUUAUUGAUACACCAUGUUCACCAACGCCGACGACAACAACAUCAACAAAUUUACAAAUGCAUGGAGGUGGUGGUAAAUUGACAAUCUGUCAGCAUUGUCGUAAACCAUUACCUAGAUGUUCAAUAUGUUUGAUGCAUUUAGGCACAUCGAUUCCAUUAAAUGAAUACAUGUCUGUUACCAAUGCUAUAAAAUCGGCUGAAUCAAUGUUUCAACAAACAGGAUUGAAAUCAACUGGUAAAUUAUCUGUUGAUUUCAUGAAUGCUAUGCAAAUCAAUACCACGAGUUCGUCCAUACCCCUGUCAGAGAACAAUGCUAUAAAUAAAAGUAAUCAAAAAAAUCUAUAUUCAUCACCUGAAAAAUCUUCAUCAAUCCCAAAUUCCAUACCGAUAGCUGAUUGGUUUGUUUGGUGUCAAGCUUGUAGACAUGGUGGUCAUGCUAGUCAUUUGACAGAUUGGUUUUAUGGAGAUUCGUAUGACUUAGGAGAUAAUGGUUAUUCGAAAGAAUGUCCGGUCAGUGGAUGUCAAUGUCAUUGCGCUGCACUGGAUGUUAACCAAACACUUUCUCGAUUAAAUUAUUCUCGUUCAUCUAUAAAUAGCCGUAGUCCAGAUUCAGAAGAAUCUAGUUCACUUGUUGAUAACGAACCAAUCGGAUAAUAAAUUGAAUUUUAGUACAGAACCUAAUCUCUGAUUGUUUCAGUAUUUCAUAGCUUAUGGAACUUUUCAUAAUUACUACCUUGAUUAUUCACACUUUCUUAUAUUCUUUAUUAUUUGCAAUGUACAUAAUGAAUUCUCAAUUAUUUUGAAUCUGAUAAUUUUAAGGAGUUCUUUUUUUAAAUAUACCUCUAUUUUUCUAACCAACGUUUGAAUCGUUAAUACAAUUAUUUCUUACUUAGUUUUUUGUAUGAUGUUUAAAGAUAAUUUACCGCUUUUCUCAGCUUUGUAUUAAUCAUAACGUAUUAAAAUAGGUUUUGAUGCAUACUUUAGUUUUUUGACGUCUCCCAGAAUGUUUCGUGACAUGAUACUACAUCCCACUAUGUUUAUCUCGUGGUACCACCUAUAAAUUGAUUUAUUUUGUUCUGUAGAUUCUGCAAUACUAACAUAUGUUAGAGGAUUAAAAAAUCAACUAAUGUC